AUGAGGACGAUGAGCUCCCCGUGGGCUCGGUUCUACUCCAACAGCUGCUGCCUGUGCUGCCAUGUGCGCACCGGGACCAUCAUCCUCGGCGUCUGGUACCUGAUCAUCAAUUCAGUGGUACUGCUGAUCCUGCUGAGUGCCCUGACUGAUCCCGACCAGUACCACUUACCAAGUGCUGAAUUAGGGGGCGAAUUUGAAUUUAUGGAUGAUGCCAAUAUGUGCAUUGCCACUGCAAUUUCUCUCCUUAUGAUUCUGAUCUGUGCGAUGGCUACAUAUGGAGCAUAUAAGCAACAUGCAGCCUGGCUCAUCCCUUUCUUCUGUUACCAGAUCUUUGACUUCGCCCUCAAUACACUGGUUGCCAUCAGUGUGCUUGUUUAUCCAAACACAAUUCAAGACUAUCUACGACAGCUGCCUGCUAACUUUCCCUACAAGGAAGAGAUUAUGGCAGUAAAUCCUACUUGUCUAGUUGUGAUUAUUCUACUCUUCAUAAGCAUCAUUCUGGCUUUCAAGGGUUAUCUGAUUAGCUGCGUAUGGAACUGUUACCGGUACAUUAAUGGCAGAAACAACUCUGAUGUGCUGGUGUACAUUGCUACCAAUGACACUGCGGUGCUGUUGCCGCCUUAUGACGAUCCUGCAAAUGCAGCUGGUAAAGACCCACCACCACCUUAUGUAUCAGCAUAAGCAAGAAUGUGAAGUGUACCUAAGAACAAUAGCUUUACUUUUCAAACGUUUGAGCAAUAGUUUGUUUAUUUCACUUCCAGGCUGUAACUCUAAGAUUUAUGUGUUGCUGUUUAGCUGAAAUUUUGAAAUGUAGAUAUUGUGUUCAAAAUGCUGUAGAUAGUUUUAAUAAUGUGCUUCAACUGAAACAAUAUGUUGAAUUGGUUUCAGGAACUUUUUUGGGGGGGAAGGGGGAGUUAGUGUUAAGGUGACAAGAAUCAUACAGUAGCUUUUAUUCACCUCAUUUUGACAUGCAGUGCUAGAGAAUUUAGAACUUUUGUGUAUGUCAGGUGUAAAUUUCCUUUUUUAUCUACAAAGCUUCCAGAUCAGUAGAAACAAGUUUCUGAAAUGCCCAUUUUCCACCUUUAGAAUGUAUUGUACAAAAUGUAGUCUGUCAGUCCCAAAAAACUGACAUUCCACUUUACUCCAAAAAAGCUAACAAAAUAUUGUGCUGAAGCGAAUGAUCUCUAAAGGAACAGGAGUAAGCGAUGAUGUUCUCGCUAACCAGGUUCAUCACAAACAUUUAGUUGAGGGGAAUGAGCAUGGGAAAGCAAGGUUGCUUAGCUCCCAAAACUGUGGCAAGUCAGGUCCAUGUUCUAAAGUAUACCUGCUCUGUACCCUGCAGCCACUCUUCUCUUCAAAAUAAAUAAGUAAACAUAGCUGCCACCGUUCUGCUGAUAUUCCCUUCCUGCCUAUACAGCCCCUCCCCUUUUAGCAACCUCAAAAAAUACCCGUGCUUUUAAAAUCACAUGGCUUGGUGACUAAAGAUGCCUCCUUGGUAUCCAAAAUGUGAAAGUUUCUAUGGGAGUGUGCCUGUAAAUAGAGCAAGGUUUUGGAGUGUGAAUUAAGUUAUACGAAUACGGGGAUAAAUUCUUCCAGCCUAUGGGGAAAACGUGCAUGUAAUUUCUCCUAACAUUUUCAGAAAUCUCUUCUGAAUAUCCUAUAUGCAUCAAAGGGAU